ACGACCAACCUGAUCUCAACGACAUAUUGACAGUACUAAACCAAAUCCAGUUGGACAAUCAAGCGCUUCACCAAGAAAAUACAGACCUCAGAAAUACUCUUGAACAACUCCAUGCCCAAGGAGGUGCUAAUUAUCAUAAAGAACCUAAGGUUAGCCUUCCGGACAAGUUCGAUGGGUCAAGAGCUAACUUUAGAGGUUUCUUGAAUCAAGUUCGUCUGGUCGUAUGCAUGCAACCUAAUCGUUAUCCCAAUGACCAAUCUCAAGUAGGACUACUUGGAAGCUUACUAACCGGCCCGGCAUUGGCUUGGUUUGCCCCAUUAUUGGAAAAGCAAUCACCGCUACUCGAGAACUUUACAGAGUUGGUCAGAGAGUUUGAAGCCACUUUUGGCGACUCAGAUAAAUCCAGGACAGCAGCAAAUAAAAUUCGAAAACUCACCCAGGGCCCAAGACCAGCAUCAAGUUAUGCUUCUGAAUUCCGGCAAAUUGCUGACCCCACCUCUUUAAACGACGCCAUCUCCAAAGCAGUUAGAUGUGAUAAUAGGCUUUUUGAACGAAAACAGGAGCGCCAUCAAAACCUUUUUUCACAAAAAUACCAAUCCCAGACUCUUGGAGAUCCAACAACCUCUGCUGGGGAGCUGAUGCAAAUUGACGCUGCAAGAUUCAGACCCUUAACUGAAGAGGAAAAAAAAUGGCGCCGCACAAACAACCUCUGCUUGUACUGUGGUGCACCGGGUCAUAUUGCAAGGAGUUGCCCCAACAAAUGUAAAACAACACCAAGAAUUGACGCUAUAGUGACCACAGCAGAGAUGUCAGGAAAAGAGGAGACCCAGUCGCAGUAG